CCUGCUCACGUCUGCUUCACCACCUCCUCCUCCUUGCAUUCUCUCACCAUGGCCGCGCGUCAACUACACUCCACCUUCACGCGUCUCGCCUCGUCCUGGCCCAAGGACCCGCUGCGUCCCAACGCGCAGAUGGGCCGCGCCAUCCAGGCCUUUGCCGACGAGACGUUCCUCGCGACGCCCGCCUCGGCCUCCAAGCUGCCCGACCCGCAGCCGCCGCUGCCCGACGUCGCGGCGGCGCCGGAGCGCGACUUCAAGCAGCUCAGCGCCGCCGACGAGGGCGCGGCUCGCGCGGCGCUCGAGGCGCUGCAGGCCAUCCAGGAGGGCAAGGCGUCGAAGCAGCACCCGACACCAGACAAGAUUCUCCGUCCGGCGUCCAACAAGGACUACUACUCGCGCCUGACAGCCACCAUCGACAAGGCGGCGGCUGGACAGGACGUGUCGCCGUCGUUUGGCGAGCGCUUCCGUCUCUUCCUCGGCGGACGGCGAUGAGCGUCGCGAUUCCUUUCCAGGUGAUCGAAGGGAGAUCAGGGGGGGGCAGGG